AUGACUCGGAUCAUUUCUACAGCAGAGGUUAAAAAACACAAGCACAAGGAUAGUGUUUGGACAAUAAUUCAUGAUGAUGUUUACGAUGUAUCUAGCUUCUUAGAAGAGCAUCCAGGAGGAGAAGACUCAUUACUUGAUGUAGCAGGUCAAGAUGGAACACAGGGAUUUGAAGAUGUUGGUCAUAGUGAAGACGCCAGGGAACUACUGAAAAAAUACAAAAUUGGUACAUUGCCACCUGAAGAGAAGGGAAAGAAUGUUGAUCCUUGCCCAAGUAACCUCAAAUGGUAUCUACUGGCGCUCGCCGGGGCUUUAGUAAUUGGCUUCGCUUUGAAGAAGUAUCUCGGGAACAAA